AACUGUGACCCUCAAAAAGAAGAAAAAAUUUUCCAAGAAAAAAAAAAGGUCCCUUUGGACAUGCCUAUAAAAGAAGGGGUUUCUCCUUUUUCUUGAGUGUCAAAGCUCUUUUUUGGGUCGAUUACUUUUUCUCUUUUUCAUUUUACAACAUGGUCAAACUUUUCGUCGGUGGUCUCUCUUGGGGUACCAAUGAUCAAAGCCUUUAUGAUGCUUUCGCUCAGUUCGGUGAGGUCCAAUCUGCUAAUGUCAUUCUUGACCGUGAUACUGGUCGCUCGCGCGGUUUCGGUUUCGUAAGCUACAACACCGAGGAAGAAGCUACUGCUGCCGUUGAAAACAUGGACGGCCAAGAAUUGGAUGGUCGCCGUAUCAAGGUUGAUCGUGCUACUGAUCGUGGUGAUCGUCCUCCUCGUCGUGAUUUCGGUGGUAACCGAGGUCGUGGUGGCUAUGGUGGUGGCUAUGGUGGUGACAACGGCGGCUAUGGUGGUGGCUACUAAGCAACGACUGGGCUCCUCCCCCCUUUCUUUUAUCAAGCGUCUUUUUUACUUUUUUCUUUUUGCUUGUAAUGUAAUCCAUGUGUUUGUGUGUGCCAAUUUUAUCAUUUGUUCUUCGCUGCUCCUUUCAUGAACGUAAAACUUGUUGCUCUUCUUGCAUGCCAUUACUCCUUUCUCUUUCAUUUUUCAUAUAUUUCAUGUUCUCUUGACUCCUUUUUUUUAUCAUUUUGUUGGGUUCAUCCUCAGUGAAUAAAACAAAAAAUAAGGUUCUGAUACGUGUACAAAAACACAAAAAGAAUUGUUUCCAUCGUUGCAGCUACGCAUGCUUUCUUGUUUGUGUAUGUAUUCUCUUUUUUUAUUCCUUGUUG